GCUGAAAAGUCAUUACAGACAGACCGAAUACAAAAUUUGUGAAAUUAAAUUUUCCUUCGCUUUCGCUAUUUUUAUCAAAUUCAAACACGAUUCCAAAAUUAUUUCAUAAAGAUUACACUUAAAAGAAUUAAGAAUAAAAAGAUUUAUACAAAAACAUACAAAUGAAUUGGUUCAAGGGAAGUAUUACUGAGGCAGUAACUUUUUCUAAGCAAAAGAAUGCAACUUUCGUUGUUUAUGUCGAAGGAAAAGAUGAAAAUUCGGUGAAAUUGACAGGAUUCUUAAAUAAGCCAGAAAUCAAGGCAAAGCUGGAAGAUGAUAAUUUUGUGGCCAUCAAAAUCGAAGGAGGAACUGAAUCUUAUAUGCAAUUUGCCAGUUUAUAUCAAAUUGUCCCUGUCCCGUCUUUGUUUUUUAUUGGCAAAAAUGGAGUGCCCCUGGAUAUCGCGACAGGAAUUAUAGACUCCAGUGAUGAAUUGGAAAAGAAAAUUGAUAAUGUUCUUAAAUUGACCGGAAAGGCGAGUACCAGUUCUGCUGCCUCUGCAUCAGCAGCUUUCAUUGCUGGUGAACAAAAGAGAGACGCACCAACAACAUCUGCAGCAGUAACAAAGAAAGAACAAACAUCACAAGAGGAUCUAUCAUCAAUUUCUGACUUAAAAUCAAUUACAGAAUCAAAACCAGUUGAUGAUACAACAUCAUCAAAAUCAAGUCUUUCUUCGAUUGAGCUACCAACAUCUUCAGAUGCACCACCAGCAUCAUCAGUGGUAUCACCAGCAAAUGAAGAUCUCUAUUGCACAGACACUACAUGUUUCCGUAAACCUAAGAAUGUUGCUAGUUCCCUUGAUACAGCUGAUCCUCCUUCUGAUAACACUUCUUCUUUGGCCGAAUCGAUUUCGAUGGAUACAGUGCCAGCACCCUCUUCUAUAACAGUUCCCAUUGCCUCGGUAACACCACCAAAGGAUAAAACUGACAAUUCAGCAGUUAAAGUUUCCACUCCUGAUAACAUUUCUCCCACCCCAGUUACGACGCCAACAGCUGCCUCCAGUCCUCCUCCACGUGCCCCAUUGGAAGAAAAUCCGGCAGCAGUCGUCGAUAAACUCGACCAAGCCAAGCAACUGAUGGAAGAACGAAGGAAACUCAAACAAGCCGAGGAAGAACGACAGGCUCGUGAACGUGAGCUUAAUCGUCGAAAGGAGGGCAAAGCCCAGCAGGGUGUACAAAAAUGGCAGAAGGAGCAGGACUUCAAGGAACUGAAGGAGAGCAUCAGGAGGGAUCGUAUGGAGGAUCAAGCCGCUCGUCAACGAAUUCUCGAACAGAUUGCCAGUGAUCGAGCAGAACGGGCAAACAAAUUCACUCCUACAACCCCGACAACACAAGCAACAACACCCACCACACCCACAGUAAAUCCAACAAGUAAUUUAGAAAUGGCGCGCAUUCAAUUUCGCAUCCCCAAUGGUGAGACUAAUACAAUGAGCUUCGAGAGUUCAGAUACUUUUGCCACAGUGCGAGCCUACGUCAAGGGAGUCGUUGUCAAGGGAACCGGCAUCAAAGACUUCACAUUGGCAACAACAUUCCCAAAACAUGAAUUCUCCGAAGAGGAUGACAAAAAGACACUUUUGGAACUUGGUCUUGCUCCCAGUGCAGUUAUAUUGAUAAUUGGCAGAGCGAGCAGUGGCCCGUCGGCUGUGGUUGCACGUUCAGGGGGAAUUAUCAACAUUUUCAAUACCGUUUUCUGGGCCAUAAUGUCACCGGUUUUGUCUGCUUUUGGAUACAUAAGGAGUUUCAUCAUCGGGCGAAAUGAUGACGAACCUCGUCCUGCAAACUCAGGAGCCCAGAAACGCGCCAGCGAAGACCGUAUCGAUGCAAAUGAUUCGGCUAAGAAGCGUAACCUCGAUAGAUUCCUCUUGACCAAGGACGGCCCAUCAACAUCGAAAGAAGCCAUGACAUCGGCAAAUUCAACAGGUGGAGCAUAUCGUCGAGUGGGUGGUGGAUCGAAUAUCCAUCGUUUAUCAGAUCAACGCAAGGAUUCCGAUGAUGAAAAUAACACUUGGAAUGGUAAUUCUACGCAACAGCAGUAAACACAAAACCGGAGGAAGAAGAGAAUGUUCUUUUGGAUGUUGCAAUUUAUUUUUCUUUUUUGUUUUUAAAACAAUAACAUUACAAAUUUAGAUAUAUAUAAAAAUGUAUUUUAUCAAGUGUCUUUUGUGGCUUUUUUGUAGGUGUAUACCAUAAAUCAUAAUUAUAUUAUUAUGAAACACGUUCUAAACAUAACAUAAAUAAUAAAUUUUGUUUAUAUAGUCUCAUUCCUAUGCGAAUUCAGCACUACGCGCGUAAUUUAAAAUUUAAAAUAAAUAAACAAAAUAAAAAGCACUA